AACAGGAAAACCUAGAGCAUUUGCUCCUUCAUGUCAAGAACAAUAGGCAGGCAGUCGGUGUGCUCUGAGGCUUUCAGCGGGCAAGUUUAUCCAGGCACGCUUAUUUACGGUACUGGUCUUGCUGACAGGAAACUUUAAGGACUUGAAACUGUGGAUUUACUAUAUUGUACAUGACAAGCUUAUGAUCAUGUCACUCCCUGAGGAGGAUCUUAUGUGCCCGAUAUGCUGUGACAUCUUCACGGAUCCCGUUUUGCUGUCGUGCAGCCACAGCUUCUGCAGGGGCUGUCUGAAGCGCUGUUGGGACAGCAGAGGGUCGCGUGAGUGUCCAGUAUGCAGGAAAAGAGCCUCCAAGUCCACCGUUCCCUCCAAUUUGGCCCUGAAAAAUGUCUGUGAAGCCGUUUUGCAGGUGAGGAGACAGAGUUCACUGCUGGAGGAAGACAAGACCAACUGUACUCUGCAUGGGGAGAAGUUAAAACUCUUCUGUCUGGUUGAUAAGCAGCCAAUCUGUGUGGUGUGUCAGUCUUCUAAACUGCACAAGACUCACGACUGCUCGCCAAUCGAAGAGGCAGUGCUGGACUCCAAGGAUGAACUUUCUGCAUCCCUCAAGAGCCUGCAAGAUAAACUGGAAAGCCUCAAAAGAAUUCACACAACCUCUGCGGACGUGUUCAAGUAUAUCAAGAAUCAGGCGCUGGAAACACAGAGGCUGAUCAAGAGCCAGUUCGAGCAGCUCCAUCAAAUCCUCUACCAAGAAGAGUCGGAAAGAAUAGCGGCUGUGAAAAGAGAAGAAGAAGAGAAGAUUGCAGGAAUGAAGGAUAAGAUGAAGGAGCUUUCGGCGGAUAUGCUGUCCCUCACUGAGACCAUCGCAGUCAUACAGGAGCAGCUGACAGAAGAUGAUAUGGUCUUGCUGAAGAAUCUCAAAUCCACUCAGGAAAGAGGGAAAAGCAUCGCACUUGGUUCAGACAACAUGUCCGGAUUACUGAUUGAUGUGACCAAGCAUCUCUGUAACCUCAAGAACAGGGUCUGGGAGAAAAUGCUGGACCAUAUUGACUAUACUCCAGUGACUUUGGACCCAAACACUGCACAUCCCUGCCUCAUCCUGUCCGACGAUCUCACUUCCCUCCACUAUUCAAAGCAGCCCAGCUGUUGCCCUGACAACCCAGAGCGCUUCCACAUCAGCGCUGAGGUAGUAGGCAUGACAGCGCUGGGUUCAGGAAGUCACCACUGGGUCGUGGAAACAGGAAGUAAUCAGGACUGGCUCCUGGGUGUGGCCUCUGUGUCAGUACCUAGGAACGCAGAGAUCUCCGCUCGGCCUGAGAAUGGCUUCUGGACUCUGUGUUUCCGGGAUGGAAAGCUCAGGGCGAUGACCUCGCCACCCACCCUGCUGACCGUUACAAGAAUGCCAAAUCAAGUUAAAGUGCAACUGGAUUACAACAAAGGGACAGUGUCUUUUUCCGACCCUGCAGAUGAAACACUCAUUUAUGCAUUUACACACACAUUCACUGAAACUUUAAUUCCAUAUUUUUAUACACAGAGCGCUCAUCCACUGAGGAUAAUGCCAGAGAAGGUACUUGUCACAAUGUUGCAUCAAUAAGUGGAUGUAUGAUUUAUUAAUUAUGUAAGAAAAUAGGACCCUAGUCCUGUCUUGAUGGAUGAGAUCAGUGUUAGAAAAUGAAAGACUGGGAUUGAUGGAUUGACCAGCUGAGAUAUUAAUUUCUCCCACAGAGGUUUUGCACAGUAUUCUUCAUACACGUCAUCUUGCAGUUUUUGUUGUUACUUCUUGUUUUUGUUACUUCUUCCUACUUCCUACUAGGAUUUUUUGGGAAAUGCACUUAUUAUUUUUUUUGCUGUGUUAAAUAGGAACAUUGACACCGUCCACAAUGCUAUAUGAUGAUUAUUAAGCUACAGCCAAGAGCCAGUUAGCUUAGCUUAGCAUUGCAUAAAGACUGGAAAGGGGGAAACAUCUAACCUGAACAGAACCAUGCCAGCAUUUAACUGUUUCCAGUCUUCAUGCUAAGCUAAGCUAACUAGCUGCUGGCUGCAGCCACAUAUUUACCAGAUCACAUGAGUCAUCCCAGCAAGUGUCCAAGGAUUGUGAAACCCCUUGAAGCAUUUAUGAAUCAUGAUUUUGAUCUAUAGAAAACUGACUUGACAUUUUAACUCACAGCGAAAAAACAAAUAAGCAUAUUUCCCAGAAUAUGGAGCUGUUCCUUUAAGACCAAUGUUCAGAUAAGCACAUGAACAAACCAUUAAUGAUAACUGUGGUGGAAAUGGCCAGUAAGGCUCUUCACAUCAUUAUUUCUGUCAUGCAUCCUAAAAUGCUACAUUAUGGAUGCUCUUACUUUUAAAGCAAGCUGUAGGUUAAAUUCAGGGGUGGUUCUUAAAUAAGUGGUUGAAUAUGCAUUGCUCACUAUGGUGGAAGAAGGGAAGAGCACAUUUACAUUUGAUGGAAAUGUUUGGAUAAAUAUCAAGAAGUUACAGCUUCGUGUGCAGAAAGCCCUUUGCUCCUCUUUCUUUUUGUUCUUUUGCACUGUCUGUGAAUUACAGCCGAAGGAAUUGUUCAGUGAUUGUUCUGUUGAUGGUAACCAUAUUAUGUUGGACUGGGAUGAGCACCAUGCACUAUAAGAAAUACACGUAUCACACACGCGCACAUACACACACACACACACACACACACACACAUACACAUUCAUCAUUGUGUAGAUCUGAGUAGUUAAAGUGAAGAAAUAGCUCAUUGGUCCAAGGUACUCUACAUUGGAGGGAUCAGACUGCACGGUACUGUUUAUUGGUUACUUUUGUACACAUGAUGGCGCCAAAGUCAAAGAAAUAUUCUGAAGUCUUUCCUAAUUGUUCAGUGGCUGUUUGUGUAAAUUAAUGAUCCAGAAUAUGAUCUAUGAUAUAUGAAAACAUGAAAUUAAAAUGUUGCU